AUGGUCGAGUAUGGUUCGCAUCACUGCAGAGUGAUGCCACAAGAAGACCAUCUCAUGCUGAAUUCAAGAACGUGUCUUAUUUUCUGCCUAGUUAUCUCAUGCGUAGUUUACUUCGGCGAUGCCCAUGGAAGACUUAUUGAGCCACCAAGUAGGGCAUCAGCCUGGCGUUAUGGGUUCCAGACACCGCCAGAUUACAAUGAUCACGAACUUUAUUGCGGUGGCUUUACUCGACAGUGGAAACGCAAUGGUGGCAAAUGUGGAGAGUGUGGCGAUGCCUGGGACUUGUCCGAGCCACGGCCUCAUGAAAAUGGAGGUCAAUGGGGCCAGGGUGUAGUUGUACGAAGUUAUUUGCCAGGCUCGGAGAUGACAAUUCGGGUGGAGUUGACUGCCAGUCAUAUGGGAUAUUUUGAGUUUAGAUUAUGCGAAAAACCAGCUGCUAAACAGUUUUGCCUUGAUAAAAAUGUCCUGCAUUUAAUUCGCGGCUCCCCCUCGCAGCAUCAUCCAACAGACUUGGACACUCGGUUCUAUCCCCGUAAUGGGAGUCGCAUUUAUGAAAUCACCGCACGCUUGCCUGAUCUGCUAUGCAAUCAAUGUGUGCUGCAGUGGCGUUACAUAGCCGGAAAUAAUUGGGGGCUAUGUGAGGAUGGCAGCGGUGCAGUUGGCUGUGGUCCACAGGAGGAGUUUCGCGCAUGCUCAGACAUAGCAAUAACUACAGAUGCCCGUAUUCCAAAUCGUCCCGUUCGACCAGUGCAUCGUACUACAACACCACCUACGACUCCGAAGAGUGACCAAGUAGAAUUGGAUGACGAACAACACUUCACUUGCCUCCAGCUUCAAACCUUUAAUAUAAGUCACUCAAGGAUCUUUCAAGCGCGACUUGAUUUCCAACUGAAGUUCCAUUUUCACUUUUAA